GUAAGGUCAUUCGCACAAUUUACUGUGCGUGUUUGCAUUCCAGCUCAAAUGCACUGAAACUCUUGAGCAGCACCCUCCCACACAAACACACACACACACACACACACACUGGCCACAAUAUUAUCAUCUCAUGCAAUAUAACCUGUUGUACCAUGGAAAUGCAUCUUUACAAAUGGAAAAAAAUCCAAUAUAGCGAUAUACAGUACAUAAUAUGUUGAAAGGAUUUUGCUGCAUGAGUCACGGAAUCCCACAAGGCUCUGUUCUCUGCCCAUCAUUUAGUGGGCGUCAAAGUUUGAUGAUUAUUUUGACAAUUUACCAUGCAAACGGUGUUGCGAGGGCUCGUCCGCCACUGCUCGCGGCUUUCGUUUUCGAUGCGUUUGUGUGGUUUCUAGCGGUAUGGAAAAUCGGUUUAUCUUAUUUAUAUUCACGCGAGUGUCAAAACAGACAAUCAAUCCGAGGUGAUUAUCUUCGGUAAGGCCAAAAGCACUUGUAUUGAAUGGCAUUUGCCUUUUCACCUCGUGAUCUGAUCGUGGAAUGCAGUAUCUGCCACGGGAUUAAUGUUUGGGGGGCCCUUUCUGCAGCAUUUCCACGUCGUAAAUGUAAAAUAUCCAAACGCGGUGUUGUCGUCGUUGUUGUUGUUGUUGUUGACCUUUGGCAGCUCCCCCCACCCCACCCCACCCCGCUUAAAAGGCUCCUGGAUUUCCACUUCCUAACAAUGGCCUGACCCGUCCCGUCCCGUCCCGUCCCUCCUCCAGGGGCGGAAAGGCCGACACCGCUGAACAGUUUCGAAGCCAGAUAUCUGAGAGAACAAUGGUCAAGGAUAAGGCAGGCAUCCAAACACAAGGGAUCCCAUCGUGAUUACUGUUAAUAAUUACAGUCGGGAGUAGCAACUGCGGCGUAAUUUAUUGAUGGCUGAACAGCCGGCUGUCACAGUUGCGCUCCAAAUGCUGGAGGAGGAGGCAAGGCCGGUGGAAAGUGUGGAUUUGUAGCGCUCAAUCAGGUAUGUGACCGCACAAUAAGAUGUUAGGUGCGUCAUUCCAGAACAGGAGGAUCAUUUAGGGAGCAACAUUUUUUCAAACCAGACCAAUUAUUUUGUCUAUUUUUGAAUGACAUCAAGAAAAACAGAUAAUAAGCCAUCAUAAUUUGGUUUGUCCAGUUCAACCAUCAACGGUAUCGUUUUUGUGCGAUCUUAUCAUCUGGUAUUUUGCUGUAUUGUGUAAUAGUCAGGCACCUGAAAAACCUCUUUCAAAAUUUGCUCACUGAAUAAGUCAUUUUCAGUGUUAAAUAAAUGUAAUUGAAAUGCAAAUUGGACGUUACACUAACAGUGUCGCAUAUCAACGCUUAUGUUAGUUUUUGCUCAAGAAUACACGCCAGCUGAGUUUGCUGCCGUGCUAUGUGGUCAGAAUGAACUUGGCGAGACAGUAUCAUUUGGGAAAAAAAAAAAGAAACCCAUGAAUAAUGUACAGUAUUUUCCCGAUUAUACGAGUAACAGGGUUGAGUUUUUUUUGAGCGACACACUCCGCACGGUCACACCAAUUAGCUCAAUGUCGUUACUACUGAGCCGUGCAGCUCACUUGUUUUUGUUUUUUUUCCUCUUCCUCUCGAUCGCUAAAACGCUUCUAGUAAUAGGUCACAAGUUCAGAGUGUAAUUAUGAAUAUGAAGAUAAAACAAAAUGUUUCAACAAUGACAAGGAAGACAUCAACAAAGUCCGACCCCGAGAAGCUGAUUUAAAUUUAAACUUGUUUAGGAAUCACUUUGACUCAAACAUUUUUCUCAGGACAACUAUACUUUACACACGUCGUGCAUUGGAAAUGUCACGGGGCACAGACAAAAUGUCCUCCAAAUCGGGACUGACCCCCAUAAAGUAAAGGUGCCUUCUAUUGUAUGUUUAAAGGAAGCGAUUCAUUGAAAGCAGCACUCUCUGGCAUCGCUCUCUCUUUAUCAGAUCUGACAAGCGAUCCAGACCUCGCGCGCUCUCCCAUCUGGACCUUUGUUGUUCACGGUGUUCAAAGGUGAUCUCACAGUUGUUGUUGCGCUUUCACGGCUCUCGGCAGCGACAGGUCCUCGGAGGUAGCGCGAGCGGCCGUCAUGCAAGCGGGGGCCAACCGGUACGCGGUGGCGCGCUCCCUGUACUCGGAGGAGUCGUUCGCCGAGGAGCACGAGAAGGUUUACAGGCGCCGCAAGACCGCGCUGGACCACGUCAAGCAGUACUUCACGUGUGACGCCAGACGUGCCAAAAAUGCCGUUCUGUCCCUCCUGCCAAUCAUCGGCUGGAUAAAGAUCUACCGAGUGAAAGAGUGGCUGCUGAGCGAUAUCGUGUCGGGCGUCAGCACCGGACUCGUCGCUGUCCUGCAAGGUUUGGCCUACUGCCUCCUGGCUUCUCUUCCACCCUGGUACGGCCUCUUCUCCGCGUUCUUCCCCGUCGUCAUCUACUUUUUCCUCGGAACCUCCAGACACAUCUCAGCGGGUCCCUUCCCGGUGCUGUGCCUGAUGAUCGGCUCGUCGGUCACCAGGCUGGUACCGGACGAAAGCCCGCCCGCUAACAUCACAGGUUUCGAAGGCCUCACCAAGGACGAGCAGAGAGUGUUGGUGGCCUCGUCUGUGACGUUCCUCGUCGGAAUCAUGCAGCUGGCGAUGGGCAUCCUGCAGGUGGGCUUCGUGGUCACGUACCUGUCGGACACUCUGGUGUCCGGCUUCACCACCGCGGCCGCCAUUCACAUCCUGGUGUCCCAGCUGAAGUUUGCGCUGGGCCUGCAAGUCCCCGGAAUAAGCGGACCGCUCUCCAUUAUAUACACUCUGGAGGUCAUCUUCAACAAGAUCCAAUCCACCAACGUUUGCGACGUGGUCAUCUCCUUGGCGAUCAUGGUGGCGGUGUUCGUCGUGAAGGAGCUGAACGACCGAUUUAAAGCCAAGUUGCCCGUUCCCAUCCCUAUUGAGGUCAUCGUGACCGUCAUCGCAUGCGGCGUUUCGUACGCGUUCGACUUCAGGAGCAAGUACGGCGUCGACGUCGUCGGUCAUAUUCCGAAGGGGUACGAGCCUCCGUUGGCCCCCAACCUGCACAUCUUCCAAGACACGGCCAUGGAGGCGUUCCCAAUGGCCAUAGUGGGUUUUGCCGUGGCCUUCUCCGUAGCUAAAGUCUAUUCUGUGAAACACGACUACACCAUAGAUGGAAACCAGGAGCUGAUCGCUUUCGGAGUCAGCAACAUUUUCGGCGCGUCCUUCAAGUCUUUCGCAGCCAGUACGGCGCUGUCCAGGAGUGCAGUGCAGGAAAGUACCGGGGGGAAAACUCAGGUAGCCGGCUUGCUGUCAGCCGUCAUCGUGAUGAUCGUCACCUCGGCCGUGGGAUUUCUCCUGGACCCCCUCCCGAAGUCCGUGCUGGGCGCCGUGGUCAUCGUCAACCUGAAGGGAAUGCUCACGCAGUUUCGAGAGGUGCCCUACCUGUGGAGGCGGGACAAGGCGGACUGCGCGGUGUGGUUGGGCACGUGUAUCGCAGCCGUCUUACUGGGGUUGGAUCUCGGUCUAGCCGCGGGACUCGGCGUGGAAGUACUCAGCGUCGUCCUCAGGGCUCAGUUCCCUCGCUGCAGCGUGCUGGCCAACAUUCCCGGCACCGACAUCUACAAGGACAGAAAGGACUACGUCGACAUAUACGAGCCAGAAGGAGUGAAGAUUUUCCGAAUCCCGUCGCCAAUCUUCUUUGCCAAUAUCGAGUUCUUCAGGAGCAAACUGGUAGAAGCUGUGGGAUUUAAUCCACUGAGGAUCCUCAGGAAGCGGAAUAAGGCGCUGCGAUUGAUCCGGAAGCUUGUCAAGAAAGGUUAUCUGCAGUGGACGGCGAACGGCUUCCUGAACACCUCGAGCGGCCCCGUCAAGGAGUCGGCGGAAGCGGAAAGCGACGCGGAGGGACGGGACCUGCCCACGGACUUGAAGGAGCUGCCCGGCCGCGUGGACUGGAACGCCGAGCUUCCCGCCGACAUCAUUGUUCCCCGGGUGGACCUGCACAGUCUGGUCCUGGACUUCGCGGCCGUCUCCUUCCUGGACGUCUCCGCUCUGAAGGGUCUCAAAGCGGCGCUCAAAGAGUUCGUCCGCGUCGAAGUGGACGUCUACAUUGUCGCCUGCGAUCCUUCCGUCCUGGAGAAAUUGCACCAGUGCAGCUUCUUUGAUGACGAAGUCCGGCCGUCCAUGUUCUUCCUGACGCUGCACGACGCCGCGCUGCACAUCCUGAGCAAACAUCCCGAGCGCCGGCAAAACAAGUCCGGCUACGGCAAGAUUCUAACAACGGUCACGACGCACCACCCUGCAGGAGGCCUCAGGAGCAGAGAUCGAAAUGCGCCAGAUCCAGAAACCAGGUUGUAACUUCUGAGUGAUUGAAAAAAAAAAAAACAAUCUGCCAGACCAAAGGAUGAGUUGUUAUUUUUUGUGGUAUUUUUGUUUCUUUUUCCUCCAAGAACAGCUCAUCUGAGCAGAGCGCACUUAUCUGAAAUGCUUUUGAUUUGACAAUCUGUAUGUACGCCGUCUCCACGUAUGCAAAAGAGGUAAUUUGGUGUUUUCAUACUGUACAUAGCAAAUUUGUGGAUGUGUCGCAAUGGCUUUUUAUAUGCUUUCUAGCUCUAUAUUUUCAGGAUGAGGAGAAUAAAUGAAGUUUUUGGGAGCAUUUUGUUGAGAAAUUGUCAAUUUCCCGGGCGUAUGCCGCCGCCUCGCCCGAAAAACCAGCGGGGACGGGAUCACCCACAACUCAAACCAAUAAUCUAUUUGAUUAAUAGAUUAUUGGAUGAACAAAUGUAAAAUAUCUAACAAAGUUGUAGUACAAAUAAUAGGUUCCCCCCCCCAAAAAAAAUAUUUCAUAAUAUGCAGUACCUGUAUUGUAAGCCACUGUAAUAUUAUGCAGUUUGAAUCUUAACACUGAGCUUAAAUAUAUAGGACAAGAGUGUAUUUAAAUAAUGCUUGAAUUAGUGAAAUAAAUGUGUAAAAACAAACAUGUAUUUUACUGUACUGAAAUGUUACUUGAAAGAAAAUACUGUACUGUAAAAGAUAUACUGACAACCAAAAUUCAAGCUUCAGUGUUGUAAAUUGAAAUCUAAAGUUUAAGGUAAAACAUAAAGCAAUAUGCAAAAAAUAUAUGAGGCUUCACAGAACAGAUGCAAUCGUACUGUCAUUGUAUGCACACAUUGACUCUUGUGGCACUGGAUUUUAUUUAGGGGGAUGAAUAUUUUCCCUUUCUGCAUAUUUGUUAUUUUUAUGAAUUAAAAAAACAAACAAUUUGUAAUCCAUGUGUCAUUUUCUUUCCACGUCACAAUUAUGCCCCAGUCCGUGUUGGUGUGGGCCGACAUCACUUCCAAUGUUCAGGUACUGUAUAAGCUAAAUGUUCACAUGACGUAUUGAAGUUGAACCAAACGCGCUGUUUUCUUUGUGAAUGCUCGGGAGCUCCGUGGACUUGGCCUCUGGCCCCAAGCAGCCUAGAAACGCCCCGCAAUUGACUUUUGUUCGUUUUUGAUUUGUAUUUAUUUAAUGUAAUUGAAAUUCUGUUUUUUUGUUUGUUUGUGAUGACAUCAAAACAAGACCCCACCCCCGUUUUAUUAAAUAUAAUUUUUUUUUAAAAUGUAUUAUUAUUUUAUAAAACAACCCUUACGUGCAUGUACUGCGGACAAGCAGGUGUGCUCGAUCAGAUUAGUUAGCAACAAUUAGCCGUGUGCGUCGAGGAAAAAAAGGGUUAUUAGGGUGUCGUUCCGGGAAAUGAGACAGAGCACGCUUGGUGGCCAUUUCCGAACGUAAGUUGUACUUUGUUGUCAGGGCGGUGUGAGGAGAACGAGGUUAGCUAAAGUAGGUUUGCGUACUUCUUUCCCACUAUUAUGCGAGCACAAUGUUUGAUUGAGCGUGCGUUCUGUGAGGCAAAUCAGUUCAAAGUUGACGUCAGGGUUAGCGGCCGUUGAAUCCGCGGUCAUGCACUACCGGAAGUGGUGUGUUUUCGCUUUCAAAAGAAAAGCUUGUAUGUUCAAGCAUGCAAAUGUUGCUACGUAGUUUUUUUUAAAAAUAAAAUACAAAUUUAACUCCUUGUUUUCCUUCGAACAAUAAAUGGCUUAUUCAAAUGUGAUGACUUGGAGCGGAAAAAUAACUUGAUAUCAACUUCAUUUCUAAAACAGUUUAAAACUGUAGCUCAACUCAACUGUUGGCCAUGAAUAAAAAAUGAACAUGAAACAAAUAAACAAGAAAACAAAAAGUAGAUAUAUUAAAAAUCUAUUAUAAAAAGCACUUGGCGGUACGGAAACAUCUUUGGUCCCAGAUGUCGCAGGUCUUACGUUGGCGGUGACAUUUCUCCACAAUUAUGCAUCUGUAUUGUGCACCUGGCUGCCCCGCCUCCUCGUCCUCCACGCCCCACCCCUUAAUUGGUUUCCAAGGGAACCACCAGGUGUGGCUCGUGAGAAUCAGAGCACCCGGUGGGUGAAUUUAGACCGAGUAGAGCUCACGGCCGAGGAUGAGGCUUUAUGGUCGACCUUUACAAGAACACGAAAAAGACAAAGCCAACCGACUUGUGGUCAUUGGCGU